GCGGUGGCUGCUAAAGGCUCGGCGACCCGCAGGGGAGAGUUGGGUGCAGGAAGCCUGACAACUAGGAAAGUACUACAAAGUGAAGAGAAAAUUCACUUCACAAGAACUGAGCUCUGCUUUCAUUGGCUUUUAGAUUUUAUUUAUAUUGAUAACUGAUUAGUGUCAGAUCACCUCUGUAGUCUACUGUGGUGAAAUUAUUAGGUUAAAGCUGGAAAAAAUGAAACAAUUAAAAAGAAAAAGGAAAAGCAAUUUUAGUGUUCAGGAAACUCAAACACUCCUUAAGGAAAUAAGGAAAAGGAGAGAAGUACUCUUUUCAAAGCAACUUAAUACAACAAUUAAUGAGUUGAAACGAAAAGCUUGGGAGGAUAUAGCAGAGUGUGUAAAUGCUGUAGGUGAAGGAGAGCAAAGAACAGGGACAGAAGUGAAAAGGAGAUACCUUGACUGGAGAGCACUCAUGAAGAGAAAACGUCUGAAUGCAAACAUCAAAGUAGUAGGUGCGGGGUUUCACCUUCCUUCAUCCAAUUUAGAUGACUCUCUCAAUGAAGACAUGGAUGAGAAAAUGGGAUUUGCAAUUGAAUCUAGUUUUGAAUGGCAAAAUAUCACUGACUUCAGAGAAGCUGGUGGAUCUUUAACAGAAAUCAAAGUAGAAGAGGAAGAGGAGGAUCCGCAGAAUUUCGAAUUUCCUAUUGAGGAAGAAGAAGAAAUUUUGUCAUCAGUUUUGCCAGAUUCGAAAAAGGAAAAUGACCUACCAGAAUUCCCUCAGAUUGAAGAGUUUGGAAGUCUAAACUCUGUUCAAGCUAGGCUAGCCUAUGAAGAUUCUCACUUGCUUAUAAAUCUGGAGAAGCAGAAGGUGGAGCUGGAGAAGCAGCGACUAGAUAUUGAGGCUGAAAGGUUGCAAGUUGAGAAGGAGCGCCUGCAAAUAGAAAAAGAACGGUUGCGGCAUGUUGAUGUGGAGCGUGAGAGACUGCAGAUUGAGAAGGAGAGGCUUCAGAUUGAAUGGGAGAAACUGAGGCUAGAGAGGCUGCAUGCUGAAAAACCUGCCCUGGAAAAUGACCUCACCCAAACUGAAAAACCCAUCAUGCAGCCGCUGGAUCUAGAAACUGAGAAAUUAAAACUUGAAAAAGAACGUUUGCAGUUAGAGAAAGAGAGGCUGCAGUUCCUAAAGUUUGAGUCAGAGAAGCUGCAGAUUGAGAAGGAACGUUUGCAAGUGGAGAAGGAGCGCCUUCGAAUUCAGAGAGAGGGUCACUUGCAGUGAACUUCUCAAUGGAAGUGUCAACGUUAUUGUUUUGAUGUUUGUAAAAUAGAGGUAGUUUUUUUCUUAAUGCUGAGAUUGUCCUAGAGGUGAAACAUUCUUCUGUUAGGAGUUUAAUGUUGAUGUAAAAAUGAAAAAGAAAGGAAAAGAAAAAAAAAACAAGGAAGAAAGAGUGGUGCUCAAUAUGUCUGUGUGCCUACAUAAAUAAGCUUAUAUGUGAAGUUGCUUUUCAGUGUAUCAGAAAUAAGUGUUAUAUUCUCUCGAUAUUGUGUUGUGUUCGUUUGGCAUCCUCCAUUCUCUCUUAGAUGUGUUGAGAAGAAGCAAGGCUGAACAUUGUACUUUUUUCACUGUGCUAACUGUAAGAAAGUAUAAGAACAAAUCAACAUAUGUUGUGAAGACAUGGUGCUAAUGAUACCCCACACAGUAAGAGCAAGUUAGACGCAACAGAGUUGUGAUGCAAUUGAUUCAUUAAACUUAAUUUCCCCAUUUUGGUUCUUUCCACCCUCACAAUUGGAAAAAAAGUUCAAGAAUUAUGUAAAAGUACAAGAUAAAUUCACUGCAGUUUUGUUUACUGUUCCAUGGCUUGAACUGAAUGGGAGUGCAGAAAACAGUAUUCUUCCUUUUGCAUGAAUUACUCAUACUAGAUAAAGUUACAUAUCAACCAUACCUAGUGUAAGCUGGACUGUUGGUUGUACCAGGCUGGAACACAGUACCUGGCUAGGUAUAGCAUAGGAACUCACUGACUUAUGAGGCAUUCUAUCUGACGUCUGUGAUGGCCCCCCAGAGUAAAUUGCUAAAUCUGCUUUGUUCCUUGAAAGACAGUAUGCAGUGAUGGGAGUCUUGGGAGUGGAGAGACAGAACAUUCUUGUUAGUUCUGCCUGGCCAGCACUGAGAUCAUGUCUGUGAGGCAUCCAGAAGAAGCUUCUGUGGCUGACUUUAAUUAGACAGAUAGAAGUGGUCAGUGCUGAAGGCUGUCAGUAUUUUUUUUUGUUUUUCAUAAGCAAUAUAGUAAUUUCAUAAUUAAAAAUAAUGAAGCUUUCUGUUAUUUCAUACAUGUUUAAAUCCCAGCUGAGCCAGACUUCAUGUUUCUUAAUUUCUGUGAGGUGCUAUGUUUUGUUGUCUCAAUUUGAAAUUUAGGACUAUGAGAAUACUAAAUCUGAAUAUAUGUUGGGUGACUUACGUGCAUUCUUGUGCAAGUAAAUAUAUUUAUACCACUACAGGAUUACUUUUAUUCUGCAAAGAAAAUGUUAUUUUUUUAUUACUGAAACAAGUGUGCUUCUACAGUGCAAAUAAAUUUGACUGCUACAAUC